CAGCUCCCCCACCCCGCUUCCCGGCCGCCCCCCUCCGCCCAGCGCAGCCCGCGGAGUCCCCUUCGGCUCUGCCCAGCCCGGCCUGGGGGCCCGGGGGCGGCGGCGGGUCCCGACCGGCUCCCCGGCCGAGCCGAGCCCAGCCAAGCCGCACUGGCUUCUUUGUCUGCGGGCGGCGGCCGCCUGGCCCCGGCCCCGGCCCCCUGGCCCGGGCUGUGAGAUGAAUCUGUAAUCGGUGGCCGCCGGGCACCCGGGGCGGAGGCGGCUCGGGCUCGGGCUCCGAUGAAGAAACUGAGGCACAAAAGGUAAACCAUUUGUCCUGAGGCCCACAGCUAGUGGAAUAUGAGAGGAUAUGAACAAUCAGUAGGCAUUUGGAUAUAUGAGGCUGAAGUUCCCUGAGGAGGUCCCGGCCAGAGAUUGAGAUUAGGUCCUUGUGUGACCGAGUGAGCGCGCCUGGGGAGGAAGUGAGGAGUUCAUGGCACCAUUCAGCUCGGCCCCAGUUACCAGUCUUGGCUAAUCUGCCAAUCCCCUGCUUCCUGUCAUUGUGGCCUUUUUGAAUGGCAGCUUUGCAAGAGACUGUGGAUCAUCUCUCCUCCCUGGCUGUCAGGCUGUGGACCCUGCAUGGCAUCAUGAGCUCAAAAGAGGCCAUUCAAAUGCUGUGCUAGGUGUGGGCCGGCCCCCACCCCACCCUAAGUGACCAUGGAUCCUGGAGCCGGGCCAGAGUCAUCACUGACCGUCAAUGAGCAGGUCAUCGUGAUGUCAGGCCACGAGACCAUCCGCGUGCUGGAAGUUGGAGUGGAUGCCCAGAUCUCUGCUGAGGAGGAGGGCAAAGGACUGGAGGGUGUCGCUGCCGAGGGCUCCCAGAGCAGAGGCCCGGCCGAAGCCAGUGAACCCGCUGGUGAAGCUGGGCCAGACAACCCAGACUCCUCUGCAGAGGCAACUGUGAAGUCUCUCCCGGGGAUCCCUCCGAGCCCUGCCCCUGCGGUUGCCACCUUCAGCCAAGCCCCAAGCCAGCCUCAGGCAUCGCAGACCCUGACGCCACUGGCUGUACAAGCUGCCCCCCAGGUCUUGACUCAGGAAAACUUAGCCACAGUUCUGACAGGAGUUAUGGUUCCAGCAGGGGCAGUUACUCAACCUCUUCUUAUCCCCAUCAGUAUUGCAGGUCAAGUGGCUGGUCAGCAGGGGCUGGCCGUGUGGACAAUUCCUACAGCAACCGUGGCUGCCCUCCCAGGACUGACAGCUGCUUCUCCUACGGGGGGAAUUUUCAAGCCACCUUUAGCCGGUCUGCAAGCAGCUGCCGUGCUGAACGCCGCUCUCCCGACACCCGUACAAGCUGUCCCGCCGGUACAGGCCUCCUCGCCCACGCAGCCCCGGCCAGCGGCCCAGCCCCAGACGCUGUUCCAGACCCAGCCGCUGCUGCAGACCACGCCGGCCAUUCUACCGCAGCCCACCGCUGCCACCGCUACUGCCCCCGUCCCCAAGCCAGUGGACACCCCCCCACAGAUCACCGUCCAGCCUGCAGGCUUCGCACUGAGUCCAGGAAUUAUCAGUGCUGCUUCCCUCGGGGGACAGACCCAGAUCCUAGGCUCCCUCACUACCACUCCGGUCAUUGCCAACGCCAUUCCCAGCAUGCCAGGGAUCAGCAGUCAGAUCCUCACCAACGCUCAGGGACAGGUUAUUGGAGCACUUCCGUGGGUAGUGAACUCGGCUAGUGUGGCAGCCCCAGCACCAGCCCAAAGCCUGCAGGUCCAGGCUGUGACACCCCAGCUGUUGUUGAAUGCCCAGGGCCAGGUGAUCGCGACCCUGGCCAGCAGCCCCCUGCCUCCGCCCGUGGCUGUCCGGAAGGCAAGCACGCCUGAGUCCCCUGCUAAGAGUGAGGUCCAGCCCAUCCAGCCCACGCCAGCCGUGCCACAGCCAGCGGUGGUCAUCACCAGCCCAGCCCCAGCGGCCAAGCCAUCUGCCUCUGCUCCCAUUCCAAUCACCUGCUCUGAGACCCCUACUGUCAGCCAGUUGGUAUCCAAGCCGCAUACCCCAAGUCUGGAUGAGGACGGAAUCAACUUGGAAGAGAUCCGGGAGUUUGCCAAGAACUUUAAGAUCCGGCGGCUGUCCCUGGGCCUCACACAGACUCAGGUGGGCCAGGCUCUGACUGCAACGGAAGGCCCAGCCUACAGCCAGUCAGCCAUCUGCCGGUUUGAGAAGCUGGAUAUCACACCCAAGAGUGCCCAGAAGCUGAAGCCAGUGCUGGAAAAGUGGCUGAAUGAAGCCGAACUCCGGAACCAGGAAGGGCAGCAGAACCUGAUGGAGUUCGUGGGAGGUGAGCCCUCCAAGAAACGCAAACGCCGCACCUCCUUCACCCCCCAGGCCAUAGAGGCUCUGAAUGCCUACUUCGAGAAGAACCCGCUGCCCACAGGCCAGGAGAUCACCGAGAUUGCUAAGGAGCUCAACUACGACCGGGAGGUCGUGCGCGUCUGGUUCUGCAAUCGGCGCCAGACGCUCAAGAACACCAGCAAGCUGAAUGUCUUUCAGAUCCCUUAGGGCUCAGCCCCCGGCCCUGUGUUCCAGCACUUUGUACUUUUCCCUUGGCCCCUGGCUGCAGCCACUGCCGUGACGGCACCUGUCGUUCUGCCACGUGCGGCUGCGCUUGUCCUGGGGUCGUGAGACUCCACUGUGUGCAUGUGCGUUCACUGCCUCCCUCCUCUCCUCCACGUAGCUCCCAUCACGGGGAGGGCAGAGGGGGCCCACCUGAGAGCUCCAGGCUCCGGGCCGGUCACGCCAAGGGACCCUUCCAUUAAGUGGCGUCACUUAAAGAAGCACUUUGCGAAGGUGGUUUUCGAAGGGUGAAUUCUGGUUGGGAACCAGAAGCUCCCCGUCUUUGGGGCAGGGCUGCGGCAGCCCCUAAGUACCACUGACCCUUAGCUCUUGUCUUUGAUGGCAUUCUCUCUCCACCCCCCCUUCCCCUGUGCUCCUCUGUGGAAGUGUCGCAGGUGCAGCAGCUCGCGCAGCGGAACCCCAGCCUCAACUCCCACCCUUUGCCUGCAGGCACCCUGUCCCCGAAAGGACCCAAGGGGCACAGUUCCGAAAAGUGUGACGAGCUGCUCAGCAGGUCAGGCUCAGUGUCUGCCUUGCCCUCGAGGUCAGAAGGUUCUCGCAGCCCUGGGGCCAGAACAUGUGAUCCCUGCUUCCUUUGGGGGGAAAUUGCACUAAAGCAGAACCUGUUCAUUUGUGACCCAGGUUGGAAGGAAGCAGCUUUGAACUCUGGCCGUCCUGGAGUUGACCUGGGUCUACGGCAGGUUGGGAACGUAAUAGAUGAACCCAUCCUUCCAGAUUUUAAUCUAAACUCUGCCCGUGGCUCUCUCCCUCACUAGACAGUGAGGGUUAAAGAACCGGCAGCCUGGAAAAUCCCACUGCCCAAGCUCGCAGCACCCCGA